AUGUCGAAUUCUACAAGGUCUCAUAAGAGAAAGAAUAGUCAUCUCUUUCUUCAGAGAACGAAUUCUGAUUCAUACUUGGCUUCUGAAUAUAAUAACAUGGAUUCGAAUUAUGAUAAUUUACAAUCGUCAAUCAGCGAGACUCUUAUGCCCUUGGAAGACAAUUUAAAUGAUACCAGUAUAUAUAACAAUGCGAAUAAUAAUAAUGCUAAUGCUACUAAUAAUAAUACUAAUAAUCGGAACAAAUUCCCUGCAGAGCAAUUCGAUAUAGAAGAACAAAGGGAUGCCUUGGCUGAUCAAUCUCUUUGGAGUUUUUUCAAGCCAAGGAAAUCGGAUGCCAUGAGACGUAGAUCAUCGUUACCGAUCGUUAUCUUAUCUUUCUUUUGCUUUCUUCUUAUAGCGAUUAUAUUAUUAUUCAGAGAAUCAAAAUUAAUACAUGAUAAAAACCACUUUGAUAUCUCAACAAGAAAUUUUGGCAUUGAAACAGUAUUAGAUGGAGAUUUUUUACCUUCUUUUAAACCUUUCCAUUUCAUUACUCAUCCACAUUCUUUUGCAUUAUCUCAAGAUGAAGAUCCAGGGCUAUAUUGGACCUUAAAUGAUGAUAGUACACGAUUUGUGGCAAGACAAUUGUUUGAUGAAUCGUUUGAAAAAGAUUUAACCUUGGGGACUGCUGGUUUCAAAUAUAAUGAUAUCCUACAUAACAUUCAUGCUAUUGAGAUAAAUUAUGAUUUGAAUAAGAUAUUAUUGGGGUCUGAUCUAGAAGUUCAAUUCAGACAUUCCACAACAGGCUAUUAUUGGUUAAAAUAUUUAAACACAAAUGAAAUAGAGCCUAUUACACCUCUAGAAAAUCAAAUUGUUAAAUUAUCUUAUGCAAAAUUCUCACCAAGAUAUAAUUUCAUAUAUUUUGUUUAUGAAAAUAAUUUAUAUUUGAAAAAUAUUAACAAUGCAAAUUCAAAAGUUAUUCAAUUGACAAAUGAUGGUUCUUUAGAUAUCCUUAAUGGUAAACCAGAUUGGGUUUAUGAAGAAGAAGUUCUUGCUAAGGACUCUGCAUUUUGGUGGUCAUCAGAUGAAUCUAAUUUUGUCUUUGCUAAAUUUAAUGAUUCAAAAGUUGGUAAAUAUUCCAUUCCCAAAUAUACUUCAGAUGAUGAUAAAUUAUAUUCUACUCAAAAAGUCAUCAAUUAUCCAAAACCAGGUACAGCAAAUCCAUUAGUCUCAAUGUAUUUAUAUAAUUUCCAACAAGGUGUUAUGUUUGACAUUAAUUUGAUGGAUGAUACAUUAGGGGUUGAUUACAUCUUAUAUGAUGUGAUUUGGAUAGAUAGCAAUCAUGUUAUGUUUAAGUUGACUGAUAGAACUUCUAAAAUCAUGGAAAUUAAAAUUUUUAAUGUUGAAUUGAAUAAAUUUAUAUUAACAAACUCAUUUAAUUCAUCAUCAUAUAAUGGUUGGUUUGAAAAACAAAAAGUUACUUUACCUAUCCCUUCUAAUAUUGAAAAAUAUAGAAUGGAUUCAGGUUAUAUUAAUAUAGAAGUAGAUAUGGAUUCCGGGUUUAAUCACUUAUUUUAUUAUCCAAAGGUAAACUCAGUUGAAAAGAUUCAAUUGACUAAAGGUGAUUGGGAAAUCUCGGGUUCUAAAGGGAUAGUAGGAUAUGAAUUCGAUACUGAUACAAUUUUUUUCAUGUCCAAUAGGAUAAAUUCUCUUUCACAACAAUUAUAUAGUGUUCGAAUUAAUGAUCCUUUGAAUGUCAAUCUAUUACAAGACCCCAAAAAUGGUGAAAAUUAUUAUCAUUUCACUUUCAGUCAAAGUGGUAGAUUUGCUAUGAUGGAAUAUGCUGGUCCUAGUGUUCCAACUAGAUACGCUGGAUAUUUAACAGAUUUAGUGUCGCCAGAUAUCGAUCAAAAUAAACAUAUUAUCAAUUUAACUAAAAAUCAUGAAUUAUCAGAAAGUUUAAGUAAAUUCGAUUUACCUAUCACUUCAUUCAAGACUAUUCGUAUACCUGAUUCUCAUCUAGAUAUUAAUGUGGUGGAAAUUAAACCACGUAAUAUGAAUCCAAAGAAAAAAUACCCCAUCUUAGUAAAUGUCUAUGGUGGUCCAGGAUCUCAAACAUUUUCCACUAAAUUUAAUAUCUUUAUGGAAAAUGCUGUGACUUCUGGUCUUGAUGCUAUAGUGUUACAAAUUGAACCAAGAGGUACAGGAGGUAAAGGUUGGCCCUUUAAAACUUGGGCAAAAGAAAAAAUUGGUUAUUGGGAGCCAAGAGAUAUUACUGAGAUUACUAGAAAAUUCAUCAAAGAAAAUUCUCCCUAUAUAGAUGAAGAAAGAGUGGCCAUUUGGGGAUGGUCUUAUGGUGGAUUUGCAACUUUAAAGACUAUUGAAUAUGAUGAAGGUAAAACUUUUAAAUAUGCAAUGGCAGUAGCACCAGUAACAAAUUGGGCAACUUAUGAUUCAAUUUAUACCGAAAGAUAUAUGAAUAAACCGAUAGAUAAUCCUUCAGGUUAUAUUGAAAUUUCAAAAAUAAAUAAUUUUGCAGCAUUUGGUAAACUAGAACGAUUCUUAAUUAUGCACGGUACAGCUGACGAUAAUGUUCAUAUUCAAAACACUUUUAAAUUUUUAGAUGAGAUGGAUAUUCAUGAUAUUAGAAAUUAUGAUACACACAUUUUCCCAGAUUCAGAUCAUUCUAUUUCUCAUCAUAAUGCACAAGACAUUGUAUACCAAAAAUUAUAUUAUUGGCUAGAAAAUGCAUUUACAAAGAAGUUUGAUACAUUAUCUUAUUGA